AUGGACCUGCUCACAAUCUUCUGUCACCUAUUGCUUUUAUGUUUUGAUCCAUCUGCAGCCACAAGCCUAAUUACAGCGGAUAUAUUCGAAGCCAGAGGUCAACGUGUGUGCAAGGCAGGAAAAGGGAAGCCGUGUUACAAGCUGGCCUACUUCUCCGAGCUCCGGCGGAGGCUGAACUUCGUAGAGGCAGAGCUCGCCUGCAGACGGGACGGAGGGCAGCUGCUAAGUGUGGAGUCAGCAUCUGAGCAGAAGAUCAUAGAGCAGCUCAUCACAGAGCUCCGCCCAACCGAUGGAGACUUCUGGAUCGGUCUCCGCCGUAACCAUAGAGAUGAGGACAGCAGCUCAGACUGCUCCCCACAGUACUACUGGCUGGACGGCAGCAAGUCCACGUUUAGGAACUGGCACUGGGAUGAGCCUUCAUGCGGCUAUGAGGUGUGUGUGGUGAUGUAUCACCAACCGUCUGCUCCCCCUGGUCUUGGGGGGCCCUACAUGUUCCAGUGGAACGAUGACAAUUGCGAAACGAAGAACAACUUCAUCUGCAAAUACACUGCGGAGAAGCCACUGGACCCUUCCCCUCCUCCCAACUCCACUCAAACAAAUGUCUUCCCUUCAUCGGUGCUGCCGUCGGAUCCAAGCAACCACAAUCGGGACAGAAGUACAGCUCUGAAUUUGGUUUACAUCAUCAUUCCCACUAUUCCCCUGAUACUGCUGUUACUGACAGUGACUGGAGUCUGCUGCUUCAAACUGCUUGUCAGACGAAGGAGGAAAGAGCAGAAAUCAGAAGUCUGCCAGACAGACCAGGGCCUCUGCCCCAGCACCACUCCAACUGACGUCUACAACGUCAUUCGCGCCCAGAAGGAUGAUGACCUGGUUUCAGCUCGGCCGCACACCAAAAACACCUCCUUUUUAUGCUCCUCUCCUGACACACCAACAGGUGACUACGACAACCUGGGGGGUCGCGACACGGAGAGCGGCUUUGUGACGCUUGCCAGCACAGAGAGCUGCUUCCUCAACUUUGACCUCAAUGACCUCAGCCUCGGGCGCCGUGGCACCUUCUACGACACCAGCUUGGGCCGCCCAGGAAAGAGGGACUUGAAUGACAGCAGUCAUAGAGAGUUUUAUGACAGGAGUCUCGGUCGUCGCACGACAAAGAGUGAGCACUAUGGCAGCAGUGUGUAUGGAGACCAUGGAUCGUAUGAUGGCAGUAUGAGAGGACGGGGUGACCUCUAUGAUCCCAAACUGAGGUCUGGUAGUCACACGGUAAAGGCCGACCUCUAUCAGACAUACAUCACCAACGGCAAGGAGGACACUUACCAAACCAGCCUCGGAACCUACGGGAACCGAAAAUCCUACCAGGCGAAUCUGGACUGCUACAGAAACGGCCUGACUCUCGAUAGCAGAGGGAGAUACUUCAAUGAACAAGACUGGAUCAACAGAGAAAACUACUGA